CCAGCAGAGUUCAAAAUCUGAUGUUUGCGUUGACUCCUUGUAUAUAAGUAAUAAUUUUAUGCCUAUCAAAAAUAAAGUACAAUUUUCAUAGCAUUUUAAUAAUAUUUUUCAAUUUCCAAUGUGCCCUCUUACACCAGGUGUACAGUAUUUGUGCCCCCUUACAUCCGGUGUCCCCAUCAGAGUGCCCCCUUACAUCAGCUGUUCCCUUCAGAGUGCCCCCUUACAUCAGGUGUCCAAAAUUAGCAUGCCCCUACAUCAGGUGUCCUCAUCAGCGUGCCCCCUUACAUCAGGUGUCUUCAUCAGCGUGCCCCUUACAUCAGGUGUCCUCAUCAGAGCGCCCCCUUACAUCCGGUGUCCCCAUCAGAGUGCCCCCUUACAUCAGCUGUUCCCUUCAGAGUGCCCCCUUACAUCAGUGCCCCCUUACAUCAGGUGUCUUCAUCAGCGUGCCCCCUUACAUCAGGUAUCUUCAUCAGCCUGCCCCCUUACAUCAGGUGUGCUCAUCAGAGUGCCCCCUUACAUCAGGUGUCCUCAUCAGAGUGCCCCCUUACAU